CGACGCCGUGCGUCAGCGAGCGGCCAUCUUAUAUGCAGCUGAGUCGGGGAGAAAAAAAAAAUCGAAAGAAGAAAAAAAACGCAAAAGGGAAGAGCUCGGGGGGUGGCGCGUCUCGCGGCGUCGCGACGGGUAACUAUAGCGGGGGUGGUAUUCGAUUAGUACGGGGUACUGGAGUGGAUAUGAUGCGGUGUUCGCCGUACGGGAUCGGCCCAAUGGACAGUACGACCGCCCCCGUAUGAUUCCGGCUCGGAAAUGCCCGUGAGCACGGGGCCGCUGGGCGAACCACGCGCCAAGAGGUGCAAACUUUGCGACGAAUCCAGCCACCUCGGCGAUUCUGGCUCUGGGUACUGGCAGCUCCAGCUCGAUAGGGAUUUGGUAGACACCAUAUCGGCAAUCUACCCGGAGUGGUUCAAAGACAACAUGGCCGAAGGCGGCGGUUCGCCCACCAGUCCUCGGGAGUCUCCUCCCAAGGCCAUCAUCGACACGUCGCCCAUCAUGAUCGACCAAAACAAAGAAUCCCUCAAGGUGAAAUUGCUGCUGCGACGACCGUUCGACCAGCUGGUGGCCCAAGGGAUCAUGCCUCCCCACAAGACGCCGGCGGCGUAUCACGGCCAACGGAGGCAGUUGGAGCGCGCGAAGACGGGCGACAUGCUGAAGGCGAAGAUCCAGCAGAGGCCGCCCAGGCAGGAGCUGGAGCGCCGGCACAUCCUCGAAGUGGAUCCGAGCCACGUGGAUCCCAGCCUGGCGGAGCGCCAGCGCAUGCUGAAGAAGGCGAAGCUGGCCGAUCACCUGAACGAUCAGCUGUCGCACCGGCCGGGCCCGUUGGAGUUGAUCCAGAAGAACAUCCUGCACACGGAGGAGCCGAUCGAGGAGGCGGUGAAGACCGGCCGGAUACCGUACAAGGCGACCAGCGAGGGUCAGCUGCACCGGCCGCAGCUGCCGUCGAACUACGUCAAUCCCGAGGAGGAUUCGCAGAGUUCCGAAGGCGACAAUCGGCUGAGUCCGGGGCCGUCGGACGUGCUGGAGACGGCCGCCAAAUCGGCCGGCAUCGUGGUGUCGUUGAUCCAACCGGCGGACGCUGUGGUAGUGACGACGGCCGGGCCGAUUUUGAAAAAAGACAAUAACGAAAUCGUGUUCGCGGAUAUGUGCCGAUCGGUGGCGACGCCGUUGUUGUCGCAGGCGUCGGCGUCCAGCCCGGCGUCGUUGGUAUCGUCGACGUCGACGUUGAGUCCCCUAUCUUCUGUAGCCAGUCCGGUGCCUUCGGUGGUGUCGCAGCCGGCGACGCCGGCGCCGCCGCCUCCGCCGCCCGUCUCGUUGAUGUCCCGUCCCGUUCAGUCGCCGGUGCGGAGCGAUUCGUUGUCCGGCAAGGACAAGAACCGGAAGAAGUCGAAGAACAAAUCGGUGCCGAAGGCGCGUACGAUCAAAUUUCACGAAUACAAAGGGCCGCCGAACGCGCAGAAGAAUUCCAGUGCGAGCCAACAGCAGGAGGAGAGCUCGUACGAUUUGCUGUUGAAGCAGCAGACGUUACUCUUGCAAUUCCAGUUACAGUUGCAGCACAAAUAUCCGCAGAUCAUAUUGCCCGCCUCGCAGAAGGCCAGCGUUUCGGAGAGCAGCAAUAGUUCCAGCAACAACGGUAAUAUCAACGUACAACAACCCUCGCCGGCGCCCUCUACUUCCUCGGAAUCGUCGACUCCGUCGAAGAUAACCGGCAGAUUGGAGGAUAUGAAAGUGAGCGAUUUGAAAGCGGAAUUGAAGCGUCGCAGUUUGCCCGUGUCCGGUUCCAAACCGCAACUAAUAGAAAGACUGAAACCGUUCACCGGAUCAGUCGAUGUCAUAAAUCAGAACCCUUCGUCCAUAGAUUCGUCCGUACAUAGCAAUAGCAUGGAUCAAUGCCACAACUCGCCGAUGUACCAAAGCAUAGAUUCGCCACAAGAGUCGCUAAAAGACGAGAAAUCCGAGCUGAUGGACGUCGAUCCCCUGAGCCCCGCGCCGCCAUCUCAACCGAUGCAAGAACCCCCCCUGCAGCAUAAACUCCCCGAGCAAAAAUCCAACGAAGAUCUGGUGCGCAAACAGCAGAGGCAAAUAGAGGAAUUGCAACGGGAGUUGACCAUAUCCCAGUUGAAGCUGCAAGCGGCGACGCGCGUCGAACCGAAGGCCCAACUGUUGGCGCUGCAGAAGCACCUGCAGGCCAGGCAACAGCAACAACAGCAGCGCCGACUGCAGCAGGAGCAACAACAGCAGCUGCAACAGCAACAGCAGAACUUCGUGUUGCAGAUGAAGCAGUUGCAGGCGUUGCAGGCGCGCCAGAACGAGGAGCAGCAGAAGCUGCAACAGCAGCAGCAACAACAGCAGGCGCAGCAGCAGAUCCAGCAGCAGAUCAACUUCCACAAUCAGAAGAACAUCGCCGGCGGUUUGAUAUUGAACGGCGCCGACGCCGCCUUGAUCUACAACCAGCUGAUGCAGGGCAAGGCGAAGAUACUGAACGGCCAUUGUCGCAACAAUUCGUCGCCCAACUUCCUCAAUUCCAUACCCAUCAUCGCGGCGCCGGAAAUCAAGGCGGAAUUCGCGAGCGAACCGAAGUCGCCCAAAGAGAUCAAAAUCGAAUUCGCCAAGUCGCCGGCGCCGCCGCCGCAAUACAACGAAGCCACCAAGCACAUGAACAAAAAGAACCACAUCAAGAGCCAAAUCGUCGACGACGUGCUCGAGAUACUGAUCAAAAACGGGGAAUUACCGCCGAGCGCCGCCAACGAUCCGCUCACGCCAAACUCCGCCGGCACCAAAUCCGGCGAGCCCGUCUACCCGCCGCAGGUCCUCAUGCAGAACCACCUCGACGACAAUCACAACCACAACCACAUCGACUCCGAUGCCCCCGAAGCCACCUUAGGUAUAGAUCCGACGGACCUGCUGGAAACGCUGGACAACAUCGAAGACCUGGACUUCUCGCAGCUGGUGAUGGAGCUGGGCGGUUGCCACAACCAGCAGGACGGCAACUUCGACGAGCAGCCGCGCGACGACGACGACACCGUCGCCAUGGACACGGACGAUUGGUUGGAGUCGCUGUUGCCGAGCGACGGGCCGUUCGGCGGCGAAGCGCCGCCGUCGGGGGCGGCGCACGAGCCGGAUUUGGGCAGCUACGAUCCGCUGUUGGGCAUCGCGCCGGAUCCGUUCGAUCCGUUCAAUUUGGAGGACGUGCGAACGCCGGCCGAUCUGACGGCGACGCUGUCGUGGGAGAAGAUCGAUUACGCGGCUUAGAGUGGUGUCAGAGGCGUCGUGGGACCGGUGUGACGUUAGGUGACUCUCCCGACUAACAGAGAAACAAACCCCCCGAUGGAAUCGGUCGAUUCGAUUUGAUUCGAAACGGGCUCCGUUGCCGGCGCGCCAGCGUAACGACGAAGCGCGCCGAUUUAUUCCAAUGAUGUGAAAUUCCACUCGGUUACUAAUUGACAUUCCACAAAGUUGGCCGCCGAUUUCGCCUUCGAGGGAGGCGCGGGACCAGGGCGGUCCAAUCGGCCAGGGAACACAUCAAUAUUUACGUUUUACUGUAUAUAUUACAUACCUUUACAUAUGUUCUGGUUGUCCUCGGAUGGGCGUCGAGAGGAAUAGGUUCUGUUGCGCGUUGUUCCGUGUUUUUCGGUAUCCCGUUCCCGCCGGCUUUUUUUUUGGAAGUUGUAGAAAAAAUGUAUUCACAUUCCAGAAUUUAAUUAUUCGCAAACGUAAGACGAGUUUUUCUACAUUGCCGUACUGUUAAACGAGUUGUAAAUAGUGCAUUUUUCUCGUAUAGAAAACUAAAAUAUUCCAGAAAAGUCAAUUUUUGUUAAUACACAAUGAAGAAGAUCGGCGGGUUUAUUAAUCGAACUCUACUUAAAUUAAUCACGUUUGUAUUGCACAGGAGUUUUUACGAAAUUAUUAAAUUUCCUCUUGCCGGGAUAUCCCAGGACAAUAUUUGAAUAAACUGGUGUUUUUUUUUUUAAGUAAACACUUGUAGUUCACUAAAAAUCUCGCAAACCGAAUAUAGAGUGUUUAUAUUUAAAAAUGUAGAACCUGUAUAAAUAUUAUUAGAGUGUAAUUAUUUAAUUGUAGAUAUGCUUAGGUUCUAAUUUGUACAUAUUUUUACCAUUUAAUCGAGACGAAAAUUACUGUUGCAUUUCUAUUAAAUUACGCAGAGAGCAUUUCUUGAUUAGCAGCCUAGUAAUUGCUCGAUAAAAUCACUAAAAUUGUGGUUUUAAGACUGAAAUUUUAUUUCGUU